AUUGACCUUUACGACCUCCCCCAACCCCACCGACGCCCAUAGAAGACACCAGAAGGCUAGAGGGGGAGAGAGAGAGAACAUCGACCCCGUACCAUGGCGUCUAAGCUGGUCCUCAUCCUCGUCUUCGUGGUCGACCUGAUAGCCUUCGGCCUUGCGGUCGCCGCCGAGCAGCGCCGCAGCAAGGCUACGGUCGUUAUCGACUCGGAGAAAAACUACAACCACUGCGUCUACGACUCCGACAUCGCCACCGGCUACGGCGUCGGCGCCUUCCUCUUCCUCCUCCUAAGCCAGGCCAUCCUCAUGGCCGUUAGCAAGUGCUUCUGCUGCGGCCGCUCUCUCGGCCCCGGCGGCCCCCGCGCCUGCGCCCUCCUCCUCUUCCUCUUCUCCUGGCUGACGUUUCUCAUAGCGGAGGCGUGCUUGCUCGCCGGGUCGGUGCGUAACGCGCACCACACCCGCUACCGGAACAUGUUCUUCGACGGCAACUUGUCGUGCGAGACGGUGCGCAAGGGCGUCUUCGCCGCCGGUGCCGCCUUCGUCCUCUUCACCGCCGUCCUUUCCGAAUUGUACUACGUGUACUACGCAAAGGCGGCCCGCAGCUCCGGCGCGCCUCCUUACGGCGAAGCUCCCGCCGUGGGCAUGAGCUCAUACCGCUAGAUCUGCUCCGAUCCGCUCCUCUUUCUACACUCUGUUCAGUGUUUAGUGUUUAGGCCGAUCAGAGACAUGGAUUUGGUGUUUGCAGUAGCUUCUUUGGUUCCAUGAUUUUAGUGGCCACACCACAUUGUGGGCUCUUGUUAUUAUACGAUGGCGAUGUGAUCCUUGAUUUCUUCUC